UGUCUGUCACCGGGACCGGAGUGCCGCGGGAAAGCAACGGCCGGAGACUGGGCGCUGCGCUCGAGCUACCCAAUGCUGGGACUAUCUGCAGCCGCUGCUCGUGCAAUAUGCUGGAGCUCCAGAACAGCUAAACGGAGUCGCCACACCGCUGCCUGGGCUGGAUCGCAGCGCUGCCUUUCCUUAUGAAGAAGACACUAACUUGGAUUAUCACUUGCAUUUAUCUUCAACUGCUGCUAUUUAAUCCUCUCGUCAAAACUAAGGAGAUCUGCGGGAAUAGUGUGACUGAUAAUGUAAAAGACAUUACAAAAUUGGUGGCAAAUCUUCCAAAUGACUAUAUGAUAACCCUCAACUAUGUCGCCGGGAUGGAUGUUUUGCCGAGUCAUUGUUGGCUACGAGAUAUGGUAAAACAAUUAUCAGUCAGCCUGACUACUCUUCUGGACAAGUUUUCAAAUAUUUCUGAAGGCUUGAGUAAUUACUCCAUCAUAGACAAACUUGGGAAAAUAGUGGAUGACCUCAUGGAAUGUAUGGAAGAAAUCGCACCUAAGAAUGUAAAAGAAUCUCCGAAGAGGCCGGAAGCUAGAUACUUUACGCCUGAAGAAUUCUUUAGUAUUUUCAAUAGAUCCAUUGAUGCCUUUAAGGACUUCAUGGUGGCAUCUGACACUAGUGAUUGCGUGCUCUCUUCGACAUUAGGUCCUGAGAAAGAUUCCAGAGUCAGUGUCACAAAACCAUUUAUGUUACCCCCUGUUGCAGCCAGCUCCCUUAGGAAUGACAGCAGUAGCAGUAAUAGGAAAGCCGCAAAGUCCCCUGAAGACUCAGGCCUACAAUGGACGGCCAUGGCAUUGCCUGCUCUCCUGUCGCUUGUAAUUGGCUUUGCUUUCGGAGCCUUAUACUGGAAGAAGAAACAGUCAAGUCUUACAAGGGCAGUUGAAAAUAUACAGAUUAAUGAAGAGGAUAAUGAGAUAAGUAUGUUGCAACAGAAAGAGAGAGAGUUUCAAGAGGUGUAAUUGUGGAUGUAUCAACAUUGUUACCUUCGCACAGUGGCUGGUAACAGUUCAUGUUUGCUUCAUAAAUGAAGCAGCUUUAAACAAAUUCCUAUUCUGUCUCAAGUGACAGACCUCAUCUUUAACUGUUCUUGCUACCCGUGACCUUGUCUGGAUGAUUCAGAAGUUGAAGCAGAGUGUUUAGCUGUGAAACCUGCACUAAAUUAUCAUCUGUAAAGAAGAAUUUGCACGGAGCAGGACUCGGAAGGUUUUGCAAGUGAUGAUAGGGACAAGACCAUGUGUCCAGUCUACUUGCGCCAUUUGCAUGGCUAAGGAAAUGUCUGAGUGCUGAAAACCCACCCAGCUUUGCUCGUCAGUUACAACCUGCAGCCUGUCGUUAAUUAUGGUCUCUGCAAGUAGAUUUCAGCCUGGAUAGUGGGGGGAAUUUUUUUUCACAAAGGGAUGUAGAAAACAAUUAAAAAAAAAAAAAAACAAUAACUCCGUAGCAUUAGCUGCUUUAUGGAGUUGAAAGCCAUGGGGAGUAUUUUUCUUUUUCUUUUGAGCAGGCUUAUCCGCUCUGUAGUUACUGAUGAACAGGACCAGCCUUAAACAUCAGCUCUUGCGGACACAAGUCACGUGCACUGUGUCCUACUAGAGAAAUGGACAUGGGUAGCUAGUUCAAUCCAUGCGGUGGAGCCCGUGCUGAACUGCAGUAUGAUGCCAGGGCAUAAGGAAGACUCUCCAGAAGAGUCCUUACAGGAGAAAAUUGUCAACAUGGACCAGCGGAAGAACACGCCAAGGAAGACAUUUGGCCCCUAGUGAAGCCGGUCUUUUCCCUUGACAGUCACUCUGGAGUGUGUAAAUCUUUAGGGUUUGCAAACGUAUAAUGUGACAUGUUUAUGUUUUGAAACUACUGCAGAGGUAUGAAAACAGAUUUGGGAGAAAAUGCUGAAUGUGUAAUAAGGUUCCCCCCCCCCCUUUUUUUAAAAUACUGAUGGGAAAGAAUAAAAAUGGCUGACGGUAUUUAGUACCUAAGAUUAGAAAUGGACACUUUAAACUAAGUCACUCAUAUUGUACAAGAAUGCAAGGAGUCAGAAAACAUUAGUUAUUUGCAGUAUAACCAUUAUCUCUUUAAACAUAGCCAUUUAUUUAAAAUCGGGCACUCUGUAUUCAUUAAGGUUUAUGAAAUGAAAUAAAGAGAGAGCGUUAUGUAGUUGUGCAUGUCAGUUUGCUAUUUAAAAUGUGUGACAGCAUUUCUCAUAUUAGACAGAAAUUGGCAGUAAUUCCACGAUGAACAUUGUGCUUUCAAACAAGAAUUUACAAGAUGUUCUGUAGAUGCCCCUGAUAGAAAUAUAUUGAAAACAAUUGGCUAAAAUCAAAGUAUGACUUUUUCUUCUGCCUUUAUUUUUAGUGAAGGUUCUUUUCACCUUCCAUAGACAUGCCAAAUUUAGAGUUUUUCAUACUAACUUAAUUCUUGUAGUCAUUUUAUUUGCCCUGCACUAAAACCUUAAGACAACCAUUUACAAUGUAAUUACGCAAAAGUGCAUGGGAACCUAGCUGCUAGCCUCUGUCCUGUCUGGAAGCUGCAUGAAAUGUUCUAGCUUACAUUCAAAGCUCGUCCAAGUCCAGCUCCAGUGCGUGGUGGCUGCUCUUCUUUGUACCAAAGAGUUCAGAUGUUCCUUCUCUAAUGCUCCGAGGCUCCUCCAAUGCUAUCACGCCUGCAUAUGAAGCUCUGUGCCCUGAGACUCUGUAGUUACUUGCUCAAGCCCUCAGAUAUCCCAGGAUACAACUGAUGAGUAAUCAAUUAGAAAUCAGCUUAGUUACUGAAAGGACCAAUAUUGUUAUUUGGCGUUGACUGCUUUGAGACUAAUAAUAGCUGUAGGUUAACAUGAGUCGUAGGUGUAGGUGUAUAUAGAUUGAACCUAUUGUUACUUCUCAGUUUUCUGGCUUGAUAUAUCUAUCUGGUAGUUUCAUUUUGCUUAGGCUUAUGAAAAUACUAUUUACUGAGCUUCAGAGUACAAUAGGUAUACAUUUGUCCUCAAAGCAAACAGCUGGAUUUUAACACUCAAAAACACGGUCUUAAAAUCAGUAUAGCUAAGUAAAUAAAUUUAACAGAUUAUAUAAUACCUGACAUAAUACCACACAUGGAAGAUGUGUCCUGCUUAUUAAACGUGUCGGUUCAUUGAGAGUAACAUAGAUUGCCAUUUUUUUAAAUGCUAAGAUUCAAUAAAAUGCAUGAACAAUAGGAAAAUGCUGAACAUUAUUUUGAAUGCUGGCUGCUUGGACCCUAACUAUGGCGUAUCUGCUUUCAGACUAAAAAUAUGUAUCCUUUGCAUAGCUUAUUCCAUGUACGUUCUGAAUAUUUUUCUUAAAUUAUAAAAACCUCACACCAAGUAGAUAAAGUAUAAAAAUCACCCUUUAAAUUGCCCAUUUUUUUCCUGAGCAUUCUCUUUUGCAAUAUAUAAGAUUUGAUUUUUAAUGAAAAUGAUCUAAGAAAUCUGCAGAGUGUGAAUUUUAUUGAAAGCUUUUACCUCCUUGGUAGAAACCAAGCGUAUAACAAGACUAUCUGUGUGAUCAGGGGCUAGCAUUAGAGCAGUCCUGGUCUUUGUAUUAUUAUCUAACACGCUUAACACACUGCCACGUUUUAAUGAAUCAGAGAAGAAUUGAAGCUUCCUAUACAAUAAUAACAAUAAAAUCCUAAAUUGUACUACAAAAAGCAAUGCAUAUGAGAAAAAUGGAAAUACAUAAAAGUAUGUAUCCACAAUGAAGUAUGCACUUUUAGUUAAGAAUUAAACUUCACUUCAGUGAACUUUCCCGUGCUUUGAAAAAAAAAAAUCAGUGUCGUAUAGUUUGAUACUUUAAUUCAAUCGAAGUUAUAAGUGAAUGGUAAAAUCUAUUGUGGAAUCUUUGAUUGUUUCCACUGUUUCUAACCAUAGGUUUUGAUUUUUGUGAUUUCAUUCUGAUAACAGAAUCUUAGCUAACCUGUACGCAUUGUUAAAGAAAUAUGUUUUUCAAAGUAGGCAGUUAGGUGUAGUUUGAUUGAGAAAGAUAGCCAGGAGGUUGUUCUACUUUGUCACAAACGGAUAUAAUGGCCCCACUCUCUUUGGAUCUCAGUGUUGUAUUUGUGUGUAGAUAGGUCAGAGAUCACUCUUUGGGAGUGAGUCCUUAUGCCGCAUAAUUAAUAAAGCAAAGAAAACAGCAAAAAGAAUCCUAAGUAAAAAUCCCAGCUCUGGCUUUCGAACAAUAGGUUAGACAAUGAGAAGUCCUUGCUGUUUUAGUCUCUAAUGUACAUAGGGUCCAUUAGUAAAAGUGAAUUCAGUCUUAAGUAGGGUGAAUUGGAUAACCAUUUACACAUGAGGUGGCUUUUACCUUUGCUUAAAUAAAUGUUUGGGAUCGCCUCUGAGGAAUGAAAACCAGUAGUGCAUUGUCAUCAGGAAGAGAUACAAGAUGUGUAUAACAUUUGGAAAUGUGUCAGAGGGUGAAUGUAAAUGUUCUCAUUUUAUUGAAAGCUAAGAACAACAACAACAAAAUGUAGGGUGCUACUAAGGAUCUUGCGUGCCAAGAGAUAUUUUAAAGUCAAUUUGUAAAAAUGAGAAUCCAUACAUUCUAUUUAAAAUUGGAAACGUAGGACAAGAAUUUUAAAGUAAUCCAGUUUAUCUUUGGAAUGAUAUUGUGAAAUUGACUUUAAAUAUAACUAUUCUGAUCAAAAUGUAUUUAUGGAAUCUGAUUACACAGCCCUUACUACUGCCAUUCCACAUAGUCAGGGUAAAAUGGCGGCUGUAUCUCUUUCAUAACUGGUGUGGGUUUAGGCAUGAUCCACGCUAAGGGGAAUAUUUAUGAUCCUGGAAUGUUUGUAAGCAUUUAAAUGCACAACUGCCAUCUCCAAAUAUUUUCUUAUAAGACUGUUUUUAGAAGAAGAAAAUUGUUUAAAACAAACAAAAACUAUGGUAUUUUCAUUUACUCAAUUUCUAGGCUAAAAGAGUUCACUAAAUAAAAUUUUCCAAUCAAAAUUCCUAUAGUCUUAUUCGCCAGUAGUCUAGGUAUUAAUAUGUGCUUAUUGUGUCUCUCUACCACUGUUUUUUAAGUCAAUGGACUUGAGAAGUAUUCCGACAUUUAUAUGGCUUCACAGAUACAUUGCUAGUUCAGUCAUAGAUUGGAGUUUGCAUAUUGUAAUGUAAGUGUAUGUCAACACUAUUCUAAAUAGUUUAUGACUGAAGUUUAAUUAAAUAAAAGGUUGUAAAAUGUGAUGUGUAUGUGUAUAUACCGUAUGUGUUCUUUUUAAAAUAGGUGUAUGUCCUGACCCUUUUGAUACAGGUUUGAAUUUGAAAUUACAUUAUAUAAACAUAUACUUUAUUGUUCUAAAUAAAGAAUUUUAU